GUUGUUUUCGGCUCUUGCUCUCUAGGCGUUCCAGUGCUGGGAGGUUCAGGCACAGAUCAUGGCUCGCAGAGUUUCGCUCCUUUCCAUCCUGGUGGCAGGCGCCGCCCUCGGCUUCGCGUCCAACUUCCUCCAGGGCGCUGCGCGCCCCGUGGCGCGCGUGGCGCGUCCGGCGGCCUUCGAGUCCGGCAAGUUGAACCUGGGCAUCGAGGGAUCGGUGGUGAAGUCCAAGCACAUGCCAGAGCCAGUUUUGGAAGCCACGGAGUCAACCAAUGCCGCCAUCCAGGCAUGCUUGGAGGAGGGUUGUUCCGUGGAGGCCUUGAUGGAGUUGGACCAAAAGCUGGCCAAAGAUGAGGCCACCAUCAAGACCACGUUGGAUGAACUUCACAGCAGCCAAGCUGAGGAGUUCUCUGAGGAGGGCAGCGAGCAGAUUGCCUGGCUCAGCAACUACUUGGACCGCAGUGGCAGUCUUCGGGCACAGCUUCAGGCCGUGAAGACAUUGACGGCCGAGGGCGAUCUGGCGGCACAGAUUAUGCGGGCAGCUGCGGUGGCGUUCGGUGGUGGUCGCAAGGGGGACUAUCCCAAGGUGGGUGUGUCACCUUACUCCUCCUGAGCAGCCAGAGGAUCUCAACUCCGACAUGUGGUAAAUGUGUAGCCAAGUGUCAG